AUGGACCAUUCGACCGAGAACUGGGAUCCGGCAUUGAUGCGACUAUUAACUUCUUUAAAAGAAGUGCAAUCAGGUGGAGAAGAUGUUGCUUUUUUGAAUGAACUUCUCCAGUCAAAGCAACUCCAUGCUCUUGUUCAAGUUCAUAAUAAAAUUGUAGCAGCACAAUGUAAAGAUGAUAAAUUCUACCCAUUAUUGUCUAAUGCAAUGCAAGUUACUUUGGAAGUGUUGCAACAGUUUAGUGAGAUUGUGACAAGUUCUAGUGAAUUUGAAGAAUUGUUAAAGUUACUUCAAAAGCCCCACUUUCAGGCAAUUCUCUGUACUCAUGAUGCUGUGGCACAAAAAGACUACUAUCCUCAUCUUCCUGACAUACCUGCAGAUGCAGAUGAUGAAGAAGAGACUGUAAAAAUUGUUCAACUUGUUAAAAGUGAUGAGCCAUUGGGUGGAGCUCAGAGUGCAGAGCCAAUAGUGGGUGCUACAAUAAAAACAGAUGAGGAGACUGGUAAGAUUGUUAUUGCAAGAGUAAUGCACGGAGGUGCAGCAGACCGAUCGGGCCUUAUACAUGCUGGGGAUGAAGUAAUUGAAGUGAAUGGUGUCAGUGUAGAGAAUAAAUCACCUGCUGAUGUUCUAUCUAUUUUGCAAAGCUCGGAAGGGACCAUAACUUUUAAGUUAGUACCGUCCUUCGGAAAAGGUGGUACGAGAGAGAGUAAAGUGAGAGUUAGAGCGCUCUUUAAUUAUAGCUCUGCAGAAGAUCCUUAUAUACCGUGCAAAGAAGCAGGCCUUAAUUUUAUGAAAGGAGACAUUCUACAUAUUGUGUCUCAAGAUGAUGCUUAUUGGUGGCAAGCGCGUCGUGAGGGCGACCGUGUGAUGAGGGCUGGACUAAUACCAUCGAGGGCCUUACAAGAGGGACGUAUUAUACACGAACGUCAAGUUGAACCACAAACAAUGGAUGGUAAGCCAGCUCUUUGUAGUCCGUCUCAAGUGAAUUCAGAUUGUGGACCAAAAACGCCAUGUUCACCCACUCCCAAUGCCGCUGCCCUAUUACCAUGCAAAUCUACACCCAAAGUCAAGAAGAUAAUAUACGAUAUAAAGGAAAAUGACGAUUUCGACAGAGAAAUGAUACCAACAUAUGAAGAAGUUGCUAGAUUAUAUCCACGACCGGGUUUUGUGAGGCCGAUAGUGCUUGUUGGGGCGCCUGGUGUCGGAAGGAAUGAAUUGCGAAGAAGGCUCAUAGCGAGUGAUCCAGAGAAAUAUGUCACGCCUGUUCCUUAUACAUCUCGUGCACAAAAACCUAGUGAACAAAAUGGAAAAGAAUAUGUAUUUGUGACGCGUGAAAAAAUGGAAGAAGAUAUAUCUGAAGGCAAGUUCAUAGAGCACGGGGAAUAUAAAGGAAAUCUGUACGGGACUUCAGCGGAAAGUGUGGAAACUAUUGUAACUUCAGGGCGUGUGUGUAUUUUAAGCCCCCACUGGCAAGCCUUAAAGAUGUUACGAACGCCGCGCCUAAAACCUCAUAUCGUAUUUAUAAAACCACCACCAUUAGAAAGACUCAUUGAAACUAGGACUGCUGCUAAUGCUCGCUCGACUUUUGACAAGGAGUCCUCAAGGGCUUUUACGGAAGAAGAGUUUGCGGAUAUUAUAAGAUCAUCGAAUAGAAUUAACUUUUUGUACGCCUAUAUGUUUGACGAAGAGAUCGUGAACGAAGACUUGGCGACUGCAAUCACUCAACUACACAAAAUGGCGUGGCGCGUGCAAUCCGAGCCGCUCUGGGUGCCGGUGGCUUGGGUGCAA